AUGUUGGGUUUUACAAAAAUUAAUGGUAGCUUCAAAUUUCUUGAUUUUUUACUGCCACAGGUGCCCUACGGUGAGUUCCAUCACAAGCAGCAGACACUGACCUACGAGAAGGGAUAUGCAGUCAGAGCUCUCCUGACGCACAGCAAUGAAAAUGUUGACUCAUAUCCUCCAGAGAUGCCAGUGGACUAUUCAAGUGCUGGCAAAGAGGUCACAGCAUCGCCAGUCUCUCAUGAUGCAGCAAGCAAAUUGCCAAAAUGGGUGGAGUAUGAUCGCAAGGUGCUCCGAUGGUUUGCAUACUUCAAGGAGUCAGUGACAGAGAGCGCUCAGGAGCAGUAUCGCAUCCGCCGCAUCACCAUCUUGUACUACCUCGAAGAUGACACCUUGGAAGUGACAGAGCCCAAGCAGGAGAACAGUGGCAUCCUACAGGGGAAGUUUAUGAAGCGGCACCACAUUCUCAAACCGGACGGCAGUGCGUACAAACCAAGGGACCUUGCUGUUGGGGCCGAGGUCAUCAUGUAUGGACGGACGUUCUACAUCAUUGGCAUUGAUGCACACACUCGGUGCUACCUGGAAAGAUUGGGCAUCAGCAUGGCCCCAGAUCAGUCCUACCCCGAGUCGCCAUACGACACCAAGCUUGCUUCCUUGCACAGCACAGGUAUAAAUAAUGCAACACUGCAUGUUACCAGCAAGACUCGCAUGACAGGAUUCGGGCAGCAGGACGUCGGCUUCCUUGCCUCAAUGAGCUGCGUUCCCUUGAGAGGUUUGAAUACUUUGGCUCAAUCAUGUGGGUCUGUACAGGUCUUGCGCUUUUAUAUAAUCUGGGACGAUCGAGCUAGCCUGUACGGGGACAGAAGGCCCUACAAGCUGCAUUACUUUGUGGAGGACGGCACCUGCGAGAUCCUGGAGAGCCUCGACAGAAACUCAGGCCGCGAUCCAUUCCCUGUCUUCCUUAGACGCGCUCUUCUUCCCAUGAACGGAGAGGCUCCAAAGCCUGGCUUCGCCCCGGACCGUGCCAUGUGUUACGGACCCUCAGAUCUGCGCAUGGGUACCUGCAUUGCCGUGUACGGACGCCUGUUCUUCAUCCAUGACUGCGAUGACUUCACACGCAAAUGGCUCAAGGAAAACAUGGGAAGCAGCGAUGAGGAGCUGUGUGCUGUUGAUGUCACGGAGCCCGUGGAUGCAGCACCUGCCAAGCAGCUGCCUGAGUACAAUGGCUUCGGCUCGCUGGAAGACUCUGCACAGAACUGCACCAGCCUGAUACCCAGGCCCCCUCGCAAGGACUUCUACAAGCUCAUGAACAAAGACAAGGCUGUGCUGCGGUUUGUGUGCCACCUCGUUGAACAAGCAGGGGCUCCUAAGUCUCGCUUGAGCCCUACUGACGGGGAACGGCGCUUUGUGUUGUCAUUCUUCAUGGCGGAUGACACGCUGGCAAUCUUCGAGCCCCCACUGAAGAACAGCGGUGUGGUGGGUGGCAAGUAUCUUGAGAGACGCCCAGUGACUCAUCCUGGCUCAGAUAAGCUCAUAACAGAUGUUGAUCUGCACGUGGGAGCAACUGUGCCGAUCUUGCAGCGCAACUUUGAGCUAUUAGAUGCAGAUGAGUUCACCUUCCAGUACAUGGAAAACAAUCGGCAUUUAUAUGUCAUGGCCGAUGCUGAUCAAGCUCUCCGCGCUCUUGCAGCAGCAGUCCAAAGAGCAGGCAACUCUGGAGCAUUCCAGGAGGACGAUAGUGAGCCUUCGGGAAGCGCCUACAUGACCCUCUCCCAGUUGAAUGAAGCCAUCAAAAGCUUGGGAGCAGUAAUCAGCAAGCAUCAGAUCAUCAGCAUCUACCGGCGCAUGCCAAAGGACGUUCUUCAACGAGUAUCCGUCAUGAGCAUUCUGCAGGCUCUGUGCUGUUGUACUGUGCUUCAGAUGAGGUGUCAAGUCAAGAUGAUCUGUUCCUAA